AUGGCUUUCAGUGUGGACCCAUAUCCUGGUAUUAGUGUCAGAGAAAGUCUGUCUCAAGCUACUGGCCUGCCAGAGUCACGCAUUCAGGUGUGGUUCCAGAACAAGAGGGCCAGAACCUUGAAGAACAGAGCCAUUCAGGUCUCACACCAGCUGGACACAGCCUUUCUUCUGCCUAGCCCUUUCCUACCUCCUCAUAUGUCCAGUAUGGGACUUAAUGGACAGCAGAGGAGCAUUCCAGAGGCAUCCUUUAACAUUGCUCAACCUCAGAUGCCUGAAACAUUUCCACAGCACUUUAUGUUUCCAUCAAGAGACUACAGCACACCUGCCAUCAAACCACAACAAAGCAGACUGAUGGGAACCAGCUCUUUUUCUCCUUCUUUGCCCUCUGAUCUGCAAACUUUGGCAGACAGCUGGAGCUCGGGAGAAAGCACACAGUCCUCCCCUGAAUCUACCUGGAGUCCACCAGCGCAUGGUUUUGGGAACUCCUACAAGGAUGUGAGUCAUAUGUCCCUCUACCCACCACCUCCUUACCCCAUUGUAAGUGUCAAGUUUGGGUAUGCUAGUGGCCUGGAGUCACUGCCAUCCUCCCCGUCCUCUACUGAUUCUGCAUUUUGGGACAUGGGAUUGGAAAAUUGCUCUCCAUCUGUACCAUACUCUGACUGUAGCAGCCCAUGGGACAGGCUUGUUGAGGAGCAGCCUGUGGGCCCACUCCCAGUUCUGUCCACUCAGUGUGUGGAUGAUGUCCUUGGGGAAAUGUAA